GAUAGGCUCAGGCACUCCCUAUAUAAGGACUGCAGGAGGCGGGCGCAGCUUUCCCCGGCAGUCAGCGGAUCGGGACACGGAAAGCUGGCAGGCUGAUAGAAGCACUCAGCUCACCGGACGGACUUUCUGGCUUUUGACCCUUUAGCUGUGGUUACACGGAUUUGCGUGGGACAAUGAGCUCGGUGGCGGUUCUUACCCAGGAAAGCUUUGAUGAACACCGUAGCGGCCUGACCCAGCCGCCUGUCAAAGUGACGGCAAUCGGUGGAACAGGGGAUGAAAAUGACCCCCCUACCUACAAGGAUGCAUUCCCACCCCUCCCCGAAAAAGUUGGCAGCGAAAAUCAUUCUGAGCCUACUGGUGCAUGGAGCAAGAUCAGGCCUAUUAAGUCUUCCGUUAUCACUCAGGUGUUCCAUGUUCCGCUGGAGGAGCGUAGGUACAAGGACAUGGCUCAGUUUGGGGAAGGGGAACAGGCCAAGAUAUGCUUGGAUAUAAUGCAGAAGACUGGCGCUCAACUUGAACUCUCUCUGGCUAAAGAUCAAGGCUUAUCCAUCAUGGUAUCUGGCAAACUAGACUCCGUUAUGAAGGCACGAAAAGAGAUUGUGACCCGGCUACAAACUCAGGCUUCCGCCUCUGUGGCUAUCCCUAAGGAACAUCAUCGUUUUGUCAUUGGUAAGAGUGGAGAAAAGCUGCAAGACCUGGAACUGAAAACCGCUACCAAGAUUCAAAUCCCCCGGCCCGAGGAUGCCAGCAACCAGAUCAAGAUUACUGGCACCAAAGAGGGCAUUGAAAAGGCGAGGCACGAGAUCCUGCUAAUCUCGGCCGAGCAGGAUAAGAGAGCAGUGGAACGGAUAGAGAUUGAGAAAGCAUUCCACCCUUUCAUCGUGGGACCCCAAAAUAAAGUGGUUAAUGAAAUCAUGAAAGAAACUGGAACAAGGAUAAAUGUCCCCCCACCCAGUGUCAACAAGACGGAGAUUGUGUGCACUGGUGAGAAGGAACAACUGGCUCAAGCUGUGGCAAGGAUCAGACAGAUUUAUGAAGAGAAGAAGAAGAAAACAACCAGCAUUGCUGUGGAAGUAAGGAAGUCUCAGCAUAAGUAUGUAAUUGGACCUAAAGGAAAUUGUCUGCAGGAAAUCCUGGAGCGCACUGGGGUGUCAGUGGAGAUCCCACCCAGUGAUAGCAGCUCUGAGACUGUCAUCUUACGUGGUGAACCUGAGAAACUGGGCCAAGCACUGACAGAAGUAUACGCUAAGGCCAACAGCUUCACAACGGCUUCAGUUUCUGCUCCCUCAUGGCUUCAUCGGUUCAUUAUAGGCAAAAAAGGACAGAAUUUGGCAAAGAUCACACAGCAAAUACCAAAGGUGCACAUUGAGUUUACAGAAGGGGAGGACAAGAUCUCUCUAGAAGGACCCACAGAGGAUGUAGCAAUAGCUCAACAACAGAUGGAGGCACUCGUCAGGGACUUGAUUUCCCGUAUGGAUUUUGCAGAGAUAAGCAUUGAACAUCGGUUUCACAGACACCUCAUUGGAAAGAGCGGAGCAAACAUUAACCGGAUUAAGGAACAGUACAAAGUCUCUGUGAGAAUACCCCAGGAUAGUGAAAAGAGCAAUCACAUCAGGAUUGAAGGUGACCCACAAGGGGUGCAGCAAGCAAAGAAAGAGCUCCUUGAGCUGGCAUUACGCAUGGAAAACGAACGCACAAAGGACUUGAUUAUUGACCAAAAGUUCCAUAGGACAAUUAUUGGCCAAAAGGGAGAACGUAUCCGUGAGAUCCGGGACAAAUUUCCAGAUGUCAUUAUUAAUUUCCCAGAUCCAAAUCAGAAGAGUGAUAUUGUACAGUUGCGUGGGCCAAAGAAUGAGGUGGAAAAGUGCACCAAAUAUCUACAGAAGAUGGUCAUCGAAAUGGUGGAGAACAGUUAUUCAAUCUCUGUGCCGAUCUUUAAGCAGUUCCACAAGAACAUCAUUGGCAAAGGAGGAGCUAACAUCAAGAAGAUUCGUGAAGAAUGUAACACUAAGAUUGACCUCCCGGCUGAAAAUAGCAACUCAGAAAUGAUUGUGAUCACCGGGAAGAAGCCCAACUGUGAAGCCGCAAGGGACAGGAUCUUGGCCAUUCAGAAAGAACUGGCAAACAUCACUGAAUUGGAGGUCAGCAUUCCAUCCAAACUGCACAACUCCCUCAUUGGAGCGAAGGGACGCUUUAUUCGCUCUAUAAUGGAAGAAUGUGGGGGUGUCCAUAUCCAUUUUCCUAGCGAGGGCUCUGGUAGUGAUUCGGUGACCAUCAGGGGACCAGCUCAGGAUGUGGAUAGAGCCAAGAAGCAGUUGCUGCAGCUUGCAGAGGAAAAGCAAAUAAAAAGUUUCACAGCAGAGCUGAAGGCCAAGCCUGAAUAUCACAAGUUUUUGAUCGGUAAAGGGGGAGUUAACAUUCGCAAAGUGCGCGACCUAACUGGAGCUCGCAUCAUAUUUCCUACCGCUGAUGAUAAAGACCAGCAGCUCAUUACCAUUGUGGGCACAGAAGAGGCGGUAAAAGAUGCUCAAACAGAGCUGGAGAACCUGAUAAGGGGCUUGGAUAACAUUGUUGAGGACACAAUGUCUGUGGACCCCAAACACCACCGCCACUUUGUGAUUCGGAGAGGCCAGGUGCUGCGGGAAAUUGCUGAAGAGUAUGGUGGUGUAACAGUGAGCUUCCCUCGCUCUGGAGUGCAAAGUGAACGUGUCACCCUUAAAGGCGCAAAGGAAUGUGUGGAAGCUGCCAAGAAACGAAUCCUUGACAUCAUAGAGGACUUGGAAGCACAGGUCUCUAUUGAGUGCAUAAUCCCUCAAAAAUAUCAUCGGUCAAUUAUGGGCCCCAAGGGAUCCCGAAUUCAGCAGAUCACUCGAGAAUAUGGUGUGCAGAUUAAAUUUCCUGACAGAGAGGAAAACCCUCAGGGAGCACCCAGUGCCGAUUUACCAGCACAAGAGAAUGGUGAAGAGGGAACAGAGCCGAAGGUCAUGACUGAUCCUGAGUCCCCCAAAAAAUGUGAUCUAAUCACAAUCUCUGGACGCAAGGAGAAGUGCGACGCAGCCAGUGAUGCUUUGAGGGCUCUUGUACCUGUCAGCAUUGAGGUUGAGGUCCCCUAUGAUCUGCAUCGCUACAUCAUCGGCCAGAAAGGGUCUGGCAUUCGUAAGAUGAUGGACGAGUUUGAGGUGAACAUCCAGGUGCCCGCACCUGAGCUGCAGUGUGACACUAUCACCAUCACUGGCCUCUCUACCAAUCUGGACCGAGCCAAAGGGGGACUUCAAGAUAGAGUGAGGGAGUUACAAGCCGAGCAGGAGGACAGGGCUUUGCGCAGUUUUAAGUUGGUUAUCUCUGUUGACCCCAAAUUUCACCCGAAGAUCAUUGGUCGCAAAGGGGCGGUCAUUAGCCAGAUCCGUAGUGAGCAUGAUGUCAACAUCCAGUUUCCUGACAAGAGUGAUGACAACCAGGAUCAGAUUAUCAUCACCGGUUAUGAAAGAAAUACAGAGGCUGCUAGAGAUGCAAUUAUGCACAUUGUUGGGGACCUGGAACAGAUGGUGUCAGAAGAUAUCACUUUGGAUCACCGUAUCCAUGCCCGCAUCAUUGGCGGCCGAGGCAAAGCAAUACGCAAGAUAAUGGACGAGUUUAAGGUGGAUAUUCGCUUUCCUCAGAGUGGUGCUCCAGAUCCUGACUGCGUUACUGUGAUGGGUAAACCUGAGGAUGUGGAAGAAGCCAUUGAUCACCUUUUGAACUUGGAGGAGGAAUACAUGACUGAUGUUGUGGAGAGUGAGGCGAUGCAAUCCUACAUGAAGCCUCAUACUCCGGAGGAUACAAAACCCCAGCCAUCAAAGGGCUUUGUUGUGAGAGAUGCUCCAUGGACAGCAGGAGGUGGUAAUGAGAAGGCUCCCGACAUGAGCAGCUCUGAGGAUUUUCCCAGCUUUGGGGCACCAGUGAUUCACAAGACGUCUCCUUGGGGCCCGAAGCGGCACGGCGGUGGAAAAGGCCUUCUGCCUGCUGACAUGUCUGCUUCCUGUUAACUCUAUUGUUCCUGUGUCAGAUUCACUUGCCCCAGUCAUCUCCUCAUUCCCCUUCCUGCCCCUUCCUCUGCCUCCCCAAGGAUCCUUUGUAACCAGUCACUUCUGCAGUUUUUGCUGUGCGGGGAUUUAUCUGGCACUUUUGUAUCUGGUUCCUCACCAAAGGGUUAAAUCUGCAUUUCAUUCUUUCAUGCUAGAAAGUGUCUAGAAAUGCAUUUACAUGGUAUAGUGAUACUAAGUAUAUCUACACACCUCCAUCCAUCUAAAGUUAGUCCUACCUAAGUAGAUAUGCUUCCUCUACAGUCCACCGCAAGUUCUGCCAUGUUGAAUUUCUGUGGUGCCUGGUCAGUUGUUUAACUGUUCUUUUACAAAGAUACCCUCUGCUUUUGGGAUGUGUUAGUCAUUGGGCUACGACUGCUGGAGAUAUGAAAUGAUGCUUGGGUAUCUGUCCUUUUAAGGAGAACGGUGUCUGACGCGUGGAUGUGUGCAGCCAUACUUGGUGUUUUUAUGUAUUUCUGCAUGAAAUGCUGUUUUAAACUGUGUGAGGUCACAUUAAUUGAGGGCUGCUCAGGUCUUGGAGCAUCGAGGGUCUUUUUAACACUGUCCUGCUGCAGACCUGAAUGUAUUGUGAAGUGCCCUGUUAACCCCUUCACUGCCAGGAAGCCAUUUUCAGGGAGGGAUAUGCACAAAUAGGGCAACUGUUUUCUCCCUCACAUCCAUUCUUAUUUCAUGACUGCUAAUCUUCUUCUCAGCUGCAGAAAAGCCUAGAUUGUCCUCUUGUGGCAUUAGGACUGAAUUUUAAUCCCUUCUGCUGCUUCCUGAAUACUUUGAGUUGAUAGGAGAAUGAAAGGGUUAAAGCGCCCAUCUUCUCUCAAAAGCCCUGUCACAUACCUUUCUCUUGUCCCCUUACCUCUGAUGCCGGGGGAAAGGAAUAAUCCAUUUUAUUUUUUUGUUGUGGUUUGGGCGGGAGGGUUGACAUUAGCUCCAGGGUUUUUUCCAGACCUCUCCCAAGCCCACUUACCUUCUGGACAUUUCUUCUUACUGUGCCUCAGUAUCAACUUCCUGUUCACCAAGAUCAGGAAAUAAACAUCCUUUAAAAGCCAAA